UCAUCAUCAGCAGAUCACCGCAUUGUUGAAGUUGACGGGGACUUUCUUCCUUACCCAGCCACGAAACUUGUCAUCACUCAAUAUCUCGAGGCUUCUUCUGAUCCCCCAUUUUGGGCGUUGAUCGUAGUUGGUGCCUUUUUUGACCAGCUCGGCAAUACGAUCUGGAGCACUGAGCUCUUUGUCGCGCAUCUUGACAUUCAGCUUGAGUCCGACGACUCUAGCGAGGGAGAGAGCGAGUGGGAGUCGUCAUCGGGUGAGUCUACUGAAUUACCUGGGAUAUUGUACUUCUAUCCCUGUUCUUUCACUCGAGGACCUGAGGAUGGAAUGUAUCUUAUCCUUCGUAACCUGAGUACUGACUUCUACACAGAGGAUUCUACGUCCGAAUUCGAGGCACCGACCGCCGCCAUCGCGGAACCAGCUCGAUACUCAGCUCCAAGGACUGACAGCCAGUCCGGACCUUCAGCUGCCCCCUUCCAUCCACCCCAGAUUUGGGCCUCUCCUCCAAACCCCCAUAAUCUCGCUUUGGCUGGCAGCUUGGGGUACUGGAAUCCCACCUCUUACGGCCCAGCCCCUGGUCACUGGCUGGCAUCUUUUGAUCACACCCUAGCUGAUACCAUGUCUGGCGGCUGGAAUCCCGUGACUGGCCGUGACGCAAUGGGCUCCGGCCAGCGACCUCCUCUGGCCCCCUACGGUGCGCCAGUAGCCGUCAAUGGCGAGGCGUACAUCCCGCAUAUGGGCGCUGGCCCCGGGCAGGCGGUGUUCAGCAACGUCUGGACCUACGGAGGCGUGGGCAGCCUCACUCCCGCCGUCCAGUAUGCGGGUGUUUGGCGGCCACCCCACGCCUACCCCAACAUCGAUCCGCACAUGCCAGCAGCGCAGAUGACCAACUCAACCGGGGGGGUCGGCUGCGAGCCGGGCUACAACUUCUUCUUCCCCGCCGAGACCACCAAGUGCCACAUCUUCUACUCGGAGACGCCCCCCUGGCAGCUGCCCGCCAACGCCUCCGUCAGCUUCAAGGCGGCGCACAUCCCCUGCAACACGCUGCUCAGCGAGCUGCUCAAGGGCUUCGGCUGCACCAACGAGACGCCCAAGAAGAACCGGUGCGUGGAGGUCGUCGCCGGCGGGAACGGCAAGUGGUACAAGGGCAUCUCGUUCAGCGGCGCCGACAAGGACAUGCUGAAGAAGACGAUCAAGGACGUCGGGUGGGACAAGACCCGCUCCGGCCGUGAUGGCGAGAAGCCGGUUGUCUGCCUCUGGUUCUGCAAGAAC